UCGCGAGGGGGGGCGGCAGGCGGCGAGCACUGCACUCGCAGCGGGGACGCGGUUUGAAAUCCGAUCCUGGUUAAUUUUUUCCCUCUCUCCGGAGCCCGUUGCUCCAAACUGUUAGUGGGAGUCUGUGAGCCAAGCUUCCACACACAGCACCCGCACUCCACAAGCAACCCAGCGGCGCAGCGGAGCAGUUGUGCCCGGACAGCGCAGCACACAAGAGGGCAGCUGCGUCUUUUAGAGUCCCUCUUACGACCCAAAACUACGAUACGCCGCCGCAUCUUAAUUUGAUACACUUUAGUGUGAUUUUUAAGCAAUUGAGGACUGGACUGAGUUGGAGAUGUGGUGAAUAUCGCUUUCUUCUGAAACAGUCUGUCAGGUCAAGCUUUCCUUGACGAAGCCCGACGUUUGGAUUUGGAAACUUUAAGCGUCCGGAGGAUUUGAACGAAACUUGCGGAACAUCUGGAGGGACCUCACAGACCAAUCUUUCUCAAAGAGACUGUAUUGUGAUCUCGAAAGGGAUUACUGUCAAGAAAUAAAUAUUUGGUGGGGGACCAGAGAGUUUUUUGGACAGGACUUGUGUUUUUGUGUGCGAGUGGCUGCGCUACAUUGACAGCAUGUGUGCAACGGUGGAAGAUGUCUGAAUCUGGUCAGCGUGGUGAGGACACUAGUCCCCGCGUCGCUCCGCACGGGAUGGUGCAGCUCUCACUCAUCUUGUACCUUACGGCCCUCAUCCUUUCUCCAGUGCACAGCGCCAGUCUGCUGCCUCCAGAGCCCACAGACUGGGUAUCAAGUGAGGUGGAGGUGUUUCUGGAUGACUACGUUGCAGGAGUCGGUGACACCGUGGAUCUCUCUUGCUCCCUGCACGACUUCCUAAUCCCCAUCGUGUGGCAGAAAGACGGGGACACCGUGUCUCCUAGCAACCGUACCCGGGUGGGGCAGAAAGUGCUCCGCAUCAUCAAUGUCUCCUAUGAAGACUCGGGCAUAUACUCCUGUAGACACGCCCAAAGCAGUAUGCUGCUAGGCAACUACACUGUCAGAAUCACCGAUUCCCUGUCCUCGGGUGAUGAUGAGGACUAUGAUGAAGAUUCGGACGAUGCAGGUAAUGGAAACGAAGAGCCAUACUGGACCCGGCCUGACCGAAUGGAGAAGAAGCUAUUGGCCGUCCCUGCCGCCAAUACAGUAAAGUUCCGCUGUCCCGCUGCUGGUAACCCCCCACCCACCAUUCACUGGCUGAAAAAUGGGAAGGAAUUCAAGGGAGAGCAGAGAAUGGGCGGCAUUAAAUUGCGACACCAGCAGUGGAGUUUGGUAAUGGAGAGCGCCGUUCCAUCCGACCGAGGCAACUACACGUGUGUGGUACAGAACAAAUACGGGACUAUCAGACACACUUACCAACUCGAUGUGCUCGAGCGCUCGCCUCACCGCCCCAUCCUACAGGCUGGACUCCCGGCCAAUCAGACGGUGGUGGUGGGCAGUGAUGUUGAGUUUCACUGUAAGGUGUACAGUGAUGCUCAGCCACACAUCCAGUGGCUCAAACACAUCGAGGUGAAUGGAAGCCAGUACGGGCCCAAUGGCACCCCCUACGUUCACAUCCUCAAGACUGCGGGUAUAAACACUACGGAUAAAGAGCUGGAGAUUCUCUACCUGACCAAUGUGUCUUUUGAGGAUGCGGGGCAGUACACAUGUCUAGCGGGAAACUCCAUUGGCUUUACCCAUCACUCUGCCUGGCUUACAGUAUUACCAGCGGUGGAGAUGGAGAGAGAAGACGAUUACGCUGACAUCCUCAUCUACGUGACAGGCUGCGUGCUCUUCAUCCUCACCAUGGUCAUCAUCAUCCUGUGUCGCAUGCGAAUGAACCCGCAGAAGACCCUCCCCGCCCCGACUGUGCAAAAACUGUCCAAAUUCCCUCUCAAGAGACAGCAGGUGUCCUUAGAAUCGAACUCUUCCAUGAAUUCAAACACCCCCUUGGUUAGGAUUGCACGCCUGUCAUCCAGCGAUGGACCGAUGCUGCCCAACGUCUCUGAGCUUGAACUCCCCUCAGACCCUAAAUGGGAGUUUCCCCGUACAAAACUGACGCUGGGUAAGCCGCUGGGAGAGGGCUGCUUUGGUCAGGUGGUGAUGGCUGAAGCAAUGGGGAUUGAUAAAGAGAAACCCAACAAACCUCUCACUGUUGCUGUCAAGAUGCUCAAAGAUGACGGCACAGAUAAGGAUUUGUCAGAUCUUGUGUCUGAGAUGGAGAUGAUGAAGAUGAUUGGGAAACACAAGAACAUCAUCAAUCUGCUGGGAGCAUGCACACAAGAUGGUCCUCUGUAUGUGCUGGUGGAAUAUGCUUCCAAAGGGAAUCUUAGGGAGUAUCUGCGUGCCAGAAGACCUCCUGGAAUGGACUACUCAUUUGACACCUGUAAGAUCCCAAACGAAACGCUGACAUUUAAAGAACUGGUGUCCUGUGCCUAUCAAGUCGCCAGGGGUAUGGAGUACCUGGCCUCAAAGAAGUGUAUCCAUAGAGACCUUGCGGCUCGCAAUGUACUGGUUACCGAGGACAACGUGAUGAAGAUCGCAGACUUCGGCCUGGCUAGAGACGUGCACAAUAUUGACUACUACAAGAAGACCACCAACGGUCGUCUGCCCGUCAAAUGGAUGGCACCAGAAGCACUGUUCGACCGCAUCUACACGCACCAGAGCGAUGUGUGGUCUUACGGGGUGUUGUUGUGGGAGAUUUUCACCCUGGGCGGCUCACCGUACCCGGGGAUCCCAGUGGAGGAGCUGUUUAAACUGCUGAAGGAAGGCCAUCGGAUGGAUAAACCUGCCAACUGCACACAUGAACUGUACAUGAUAAUGCGAGAGUGUUGGCACGCUGUUCCUUCUCAAAGACCCACCUUUAGACAGCUGGUGGAGGAUCAUGACAGAGUUCUCUCCAUGACUUCAACCGAUGAGUAUUUGGACCUGUCAGUGCCGUUCGAGCAAUAUUCACCCACCUGUCCAGACUCCAACAGCACUUGCUCAUCCGGCGACGACUCUGUGUUUGCACAUGAUUCUUUACCGGAUGAGCCCUGCCUCCCCAAACAUCACAACAGCAAUGGGGUCAUACGAACAUAAACACUCCAAUAAAGAGUUCCGGUUUAGUGCCGUGGGGUUCUGCUCUGAGACCUUCGGCGGACUGGAGAAGCGUAGCACACAAGACUCUCGGAUCUCAUGAUGAAGCAGCUUCAAACUUUCAGCUGUUUGGAAGAUUGUGUUCCACAGCUCCACCUUUUCUUCCAAAUCAUUAUUCAGCUUUUUGAAAAGAGAAUAUUCCUAUUUUUGUAUUCGGCCAGUUUGUUUCCUUUACGCUACACAGUUAAGAAGGGUGAAACCAUUCCGUGCCUACCAAAAAGCAAACGUUGAAGAGGAAAAAUGAAUGAACACUGUUUGCUGCGUAACAGCGACAGUAUCAUCCUGUCAUACAUGUGAAUUCUCUCUGUGCUUAAAGAGAGCACGCCGACAGGACGUUUUUUCACAGCAAUAUCUGACUGGAGUGAAAACUAAACCCAUGGCCAGUUUCUCCUCUCCGCUCCAUUGUUUUCUCACAAGGAACUUUUAUCAUCCCUCUCUAGAUGAGAAACGAGAGUGAAAUGUCUCCUAGAUGUGAGAUUGAAUUAGAAUUUAACUGUGUGCUUUGUAUGUAUCUAAAAAAAAGUUUUAUUGUAAAUAUAUAGAUUUAAAUAUGUAGCAUAUUGCAGUCAGUAGCAGUGUAUGUUAAAAAAAAUCAUGAAAUAAUGACAUUUUAAGAACAAUGCAUUGCUAGUGAGCGUACACUGUUGAGAUCAUGUAAACAUUUAAUCUAAAAAAACAAAACAAAAGUUUUAUUUGAAUUAACAUGUAUAUUUGUAAAGCUAUUUAUAGACAUAAGGUUUUUAAAGGGGUUGAGGUCUAAAAUGAUAGUCUGGGUUUUGGUACUGUAAACUAAAAAGUUGUUUUCUUCUUGAGAUUUAAAUUUUUGUAAAUUAUUGACUACAAAAGUGCAAGAUUAUUUUAUUUUUGCUUUUCUUCCAUCUCUCGGUUUACGGGGACGAGAAUGUACGAAAAUCGGUAACAUCAGGACAGUGUAACGCUGAAACGUAAAAAAAUUGAAAUAAGUCGGCUUUGCCCACUAUCUCAGUAUUGAAUUUUAUUGUAAAGGACCACAAGUGCUUUUUCUCGUGAGGAGAAGAGUGUGCCAGUGUUUUAAGACUCACACUUAUACCACUUUUAUACAUUUUUGUAUAUUGCUAAAUAGUCAUUUCUCCAUAUUUUGGCUUCCCUGCAUGCAAUUUAUAUACACACACAUAAAUAUAUGUAGACCGUUUCCCAUAGUAUUAGAAAAGUGAUGAUCCUCUGCGAGGACAGGCACUGUGGUCCUUUCUUCCAACCGUAUGAAAUGAAGGAACUAAAUGGUGAAACCAUAUUAAGAACGUUUGUUUUAAGAAUGCUCUUAUUUGCUCUUUUACUUAAACUAAAAAGUGUUUCUGAGGUUAUCCUCUGAGUCGGUAUGUUCGCAAAGUGCCAAAAUCUUCAACUUCCUCUCUGCUUGAGUCCUAUGUUAAUGAGUACAGAACCUUUAUUGCUAUUCAAUUCUAGCGUGCACGGCUGUCAGAUGACUUUCUCUGGCCCCGCAAAUCUAAGCGAAGCAUUCUGGGAUAGCUUGGUCGUGGCUCAGGGUGUCAAUUGCAUUCAAGCAGAAAGCUGGCAAUAAAAUAUAAAGGGGGAAAGAAGGAGAUUGGGAUGAUUCGCUUGCUGCUAAAAUACGAAAACUGUAGAUUUGAUACGAUAUGGCUGUGAGAGUGCGACGUGAGUGUUUCCCUCCUCCAGCAAACCAUUGAAUUUUUGUACUUGUUAAGUGCCUGAGAGGGAGUUAAGCGGCUGAAUAUUGUGACCUAUGGUCUGAAUAUACAGCCGCGAUGAGUAUAAGCAGGGUGUUCCUUAAAAAUAUUUCUAAGGCACUUCGUUACCUUAAUUCUCCGAUUGGGUUUUCAUAAAUGUGGGUGAUAUCGUUCUGUCAUUUCUUUUUCCGGCUGAUGGACAUCAUGUUCUGUAGGGGCCGUUCACACGGGGCGGGUUCUUGCGUUUAGGAACAAAACAGAAUUUAAUGCAUUGACACUGAGACAAAGACAUCCAUCUAGUGUGUAUUUACAUAGAAACACAACUGAGCAAAUGGACGCAAGACGACGCCAUGCGUGAACAGGCCCUUAAGAUACAGUGUUUUGUUGUUUGUCUGUUACGUGUGGAGUCUGUUUACUGUUUGUUGUUGGACGGCAGACUUUGGGAUCUAUUUGUACAACCUGUAACCUCUGGCUCACCUCUCGAUGCUCUUUGCAUACUCUGCUCUACUACUGACGGCCCUUUCGCAUUGUUUCAAACAUAGCAAACAAUGUUGCUGGACCUUACCCCUCCUUAUAAAAAACAUCAUUAUUUAUUUCCUUGUAUUUAUGUUUUAUUUUGAUUUUUUUUGCUUAUCCUUUCCUUUUUGUUUUAUGACCUUCAUGUUAUUCAAAAGGACAGCAUUCCUAAAUGCUUUGUAUUAUAGAAUGGAGGUAGAGCCAAGAUGCGUUCAGCGGUUGAAGAAGGUUUUCUUUAAUGUUUACAUGAACUUCCGAACAGAUUUAUGUUACUUUCCAGCACUUUUGAAGUGACUGGAUGAUUAGCAAUACUGGUCUGAUGUCGCCUCUUUAUUCGACACACAUGUAUUCUCUCUUAAGCUCUAUUUGAAAGUGCCAUUCAGCUCUUAUUAGAAUUAAGAUAUUAAAUUAAGUUAUAGAUUUAAAUUUGCAAAUGAUCGUUAUAUGUCGAGUAGAUUUUAUCUAGGUGUGUUUUUUUGUUUCAAUAGGGAUGAAAGCUUCAGUAUUUUCUUAUGAACGAAUCGCAUUGCAUUCCAGGUACUUCUUUCUUAAUGCAGUGAGGUCAUUUAGCAUUCAGCCUUCAUCUGCAUCCCUCUCGGUUUAACAAACCAAUGGAAUAGUUGACUAACAGUCUUGUUGUGUUUUGUUUUUCAUUAUUCUUUUCAUAUCGCUGUAUCUCUGGAACAUUCCCUUCUAUUUCAGUUGUGCCCCUUAUGAGCUGUAAACCUCUUUACACUCUAUCAGUCUGUGCCUGACGGAUUUAUGCUGUCAAUCAAAAUGUUUUCAAUAAACACAACAAAAUGAGCUCUCGCUUGUCACGUUCUCCUAAAAUAUUCAAUGCUCGCUGCGUUCAGUUGUUCAAUUUUAUAUUACAGGCGUUCAGUAAUUAUUAGGAAUUUUUGAUAAGCAUAUUUCAAAUUAAAAUGAAAUUGUUUUACUGUAAGAUAAACACAGGGAAAUGCAUAACUUAUGCAGAAUACAUCAAUGAAAAUAUACAGUCAGUACAGACUUGUGAGCUGAGGGCUUACAUCAUUCUGAAGGUGUUAAUUUGAAUAAACAUUAUUUUCAUUUGUAUGAACAUUAUUUUGCAAUGUGAGUUAAUGAAUAAAUUUAUAAACAAGUAAA